AUGGGUGUCACUUUCAAAGCUCUUGCCGUGUCGGCCCUAGCUACUAUUAGCCAUGCUUCGCCGCUCCUAUAUCCUCGAGCCACGGACUCGAACGUCACCUAUGUGUUCACCAACCCCAAUGGCCUGAAUUUCACCCAGAUGAACACCACCCUGCCAAAUGUCACCAUCUUCGCGACAGGCGGCACAAUCGCCGGCUCCAGCGCCGACAACACCGCAACAACAGGCUACAAAGCCGGUGCAGUCGGCAUCCAGACGCUGAUCGACGCAGUCCCAGAAAUGCUGAACGUCGCCAACGUAGCCGGCGUGCAAGUAACCAACGUCGGCAGCCCAGACAUCACCUCCAGCAUUCUCCUGCGCCUCGCCAAACAGAUCAAUGAGGUCGUCUGCAAUGACCCCACCAUGGCCGGUGCCGUCGUCACCCACGGCACCGACACGCUCGAAGAAUCCGCCUUCUUCCUCGACGCCACGGUCAACUGCCGCAAGCCCGUGGUCAUCGUCGGCGCCAUGCGCCCUUCAACCGCCAUCUCCGCCGACGGCCCCCUCAACCUCCUCCAAUCCGUCACCGUCGCCACGAGCCCCAAGGCCCGAGACCGCGGCGCCCUGAUCGUCAUGAACGACCGCAUCGUCUCGGCCUUCUACGCCUCCAAGACGAACGCCAACACCGUUGAUACCUUCAAGGCCAUCGAAAUGGGUAACCUCGGCGAAGUCGUCUCCAACAAACCCUACUUCUUCUACCCCCCGGUCCAGCCAACCGGCAAGACAGAAGUAGACAUCCAGAACAUCACCGCCAUCCCCCGAGUCGACAUCCUCUACUCAUACGAAGACAUGCACAACGACACCUUAUACUCCGCCAUCCAGAACGGCGCAAAGGGCAUCGUCAUCGCCGGCUCCGGCUCCGGCUCCGUCUCCACCCCCUUCAGCGCCGCCAUGGAAGACAUCAUAUCCAAGCACGACAUCCCCAUUGUGGCCAGCACGCGCACCGGAAACGGGGAGGUGCCGUCCUCUGCCGAGUCGAGCCAGAUCGCAAGCGGGUAUCUGAACCCCGCGAAGACACGCGUUCUGCUUGGCCUGUUGCUUGCGGAGGGGAAGAGCGUGGAGGAGAUGAGGGCGGUUUUUGAGCGGAUUGGGGUUGCUUGA